CCUUAUUAACCGUUUAUCAAAGUAACUGAUUAGCAAGAAUUUGGGUUUAUUUGCGUCAUGGAGAAACGAUGCAGAACGGGGCGACCCGAACGGGAAGAGCCACACUCUUCCGAAGCGCCAGAGAAUCUCCUCGAGUGCGCCCAACUUAUCUUCCCCUACUUGCAACCGCCAGAUCUUGCCUCCGUUUCAUCAACCUGCAGAUCUUGCCAUCGAUUCGCCGACGACAUUACUUCCGUUCGAGUCUCCGAUGCAACCAGAGGCUUUGAGAAUACUGCCAUCCCUUUCACCAACGCUGUCGACUCCCAACCGUACGCUUACUUCUUAUACACCCCGGUUCAAACACUCCCAACUGAUACCUCCUCCGGCGUAGCUCAAUGUUGGGGAGGCCCGGACGAUGGUAGGGGUCAGGCCAGACCCGACCCAUUCUUGUUCAGAGUUGAGGGUGCCCGUGGAUGCGACUGCUCCCGGGGAUGCGGUGAGAGUUCCGGUUGCACUUGUUGGGAGUCGGCCGUGUUUCCGAGUCAGGAGUGUGGUCCUAGCUGUAGCUGCUUAUCGUCGGAUUGCGGGAACCGGUUGACUCAAAAAGGAAUUUCAGUUAGACUGAAAAUUGUGAAGGAUAAGAGAAAAGGCUGGAGCUUGUGCGCAGCUGAUUUGAUUACUAAAGGAAUGUUCAUCUGCGAGUACGCAGGUAUUUUUUUUCAUCGGCAGUAAUUUGUGCAGAGGGUUUGAAAUGCAGACCUGAAAGGCUGGUGCCCGUUUGGUAGUAGUUAUUUGGCUGGAAUGUGUUGAAUAUGCUAAAUUUGCUGAAACAAAAACCAUAUGGGGAACUUGUGACAACUGAUGUAGCAAGAGCUCGCUUCAAACAGUAUGAUGACAUGUCAUCAAGAGCCCAUUUUUCACAUGCCCUUCUGGUUGUGAAGGAGCAUCUUUCUUCUGGAAACACGUGCAUGAGAAUGAACAUUGAUGCCACCAAAAUUGGAAACAUUGCGCGUUUUAUUAACCAUUCCUGUGAUGGCGGGAACAUGUGGACGGAAAUAGUGCGAAGCUCUGGAGCUUUGUUUCCCCGUGUUUGCUUUUUUGCAAUGAGGGACAUACAUGAAGAUGAAGAGCUGAGUUUCAGCUACGGGGAUGCUAGGCUUAACACUAAUGGUGCUCAAUGUUUUUGUGGCAGCCCUUUGUGUUUAGGGAUCCUCCCAUCAGAGCAUACUUGAUAACAAACUUUUAUUGAUACAAGGGCAUACUGAAUCAUUUCAUUCAUUUGUCCCUCUUUGCUGUUCUUGAAAGAUUUUAUGGUCCCUAAAUAGGAGGAUGAUAUGCUAAGAUGGGGAUCAAAAUACCCUCCUUGUUCUGCUAUGUAAAUGACAGAUGUCAUUCUACUUAAUUACUCCUGCCCUUCACAUUUAAUUGUACCCAUAAGGUUUUCACAGG